GUGUAUCUCAGGGUUCCGUCUAAACAUGGCGGUGAUCGCUAGGAUGCUCCGAAGGAUCUUUAAAGGCGGCGGAGGUCAUGGGGGACUACGAGGAUUGGUCUAUCCGAUGUUCAGAGAGAACGAUAACAAAAGAGGCACUUUGGUUGGUGUUGAUAAAUAUGGAAACAAAUACUUUGAGAACAAGAAGGACAAUUUUUUCGGUCGCCAUCGUUGGGUGGUCUAUACCUCAGAGAUGAAUGGAAAGAAUACUCAUUGGGAUGUGGAUGCCAGCAUGGUGCCAGCUGAAUGGCAUGGCUGGCUUCACAGCAUGACGGACCACCCGCCCACCACACAUCCUCCCGAACCCCGGAAGUUCUUCGCCGAGGUCCACCAGUUCAACACGAGCGCCACCCCGCAGCAGUACGUCCCCUACCCCACCACCCGCAAGAAGAUCCACGAGUGGGUUCCCCCCAAAGCCGGAGCCCAGUGAGCUCUGCCCGUUUCAUUUCCGAGCUGUAAAUUCUAGAUUCUCGUCUGUGUUAGACAUAAAAAUAAAAUCUAAACAAAUGUUUUUUGACA